AUGGACGCAGCCCUGGUCUCCAGGAGGCAAAGCAUCCCAGAGGAGUUCAGAGGGGUCACCAUCGUGGAGCUGAUUAAGAAGGAAGGAAGUACCCUUGGGUUAACCAUUUCAGGUGGCACAGACAAAGAUGGGAAGCCAAGAGUCUCCAAUCUGAGGCCAGGAGGACUGGCUGCAAGAAGUGACCAGCUGAACGUCGGAGAUUACAUCAAGUCGGUGAAUGGCAUUAACCUGACCAAGCUGCGGCAUGACGAGAUCAUAAGCCUGCUGAAAAACGUGGGCGAAAGGGUAGUGCUGGAAGUAGAGUACGAGCUUCCGCCAGCCGUGCCAGAGAGCAGUGCUGGCAUUAUUCCCAAGACCAUCGAGGUGUCCCUCUACAAGGAAGGCAACAGCUUUGGCUUCGUGCUGAGAGGGGGAGCCCAUGAAGACUGGCACAAGUCCAGACCGCUGGUGCUCACCUACGUGAGGCCGGGUGGCCCAGCAGACAGGGAAGGGUCCUUGAAAAUUGGGGACAGGCUGCUGAGCGUUGACGGGAUCCCUCUGCACAGCAUGACCCACGCUGAUGCCAUCAACAUCCUGCGGCAGUGCAGCCAGGAGGCACUCUUCCAGAUCGAAUACGACGUGACUAUCAUGGAUACUGUAGCAAAUGCUUCAGGUCCUUUACUAGUUGAAAUAGCAAAGACUCCGGGCUCCACGCUAGGAAUCACACUGACAACAACCAUGCACCGAAACAAGCAGGUCAUCGUCAUCGACAAGAUCAAGCCAGCCAGCGUGGUGGACAGAUGUGGUGCGUUGCACGUUGGCGACCAUAUUCUCUCCAUUGAUGGCACAAGCACAGAGCACUGCUCCUUAUUAGAGGCAACUCAGCUUUUAGCUGCCACUUCGGAAAAUGUCAAGCUAGAGAUAUUACCUGUUCACCAAAGCAGGCUGCCUUUGAAGCCUCCAGACACAGUCAAGGUGCAGAAGAGUGACCACCACCACUGCUGGGACCCCUGUGUCAACUACUGUCACACUCACCACCCCGGGCACUGCAAGACACCCACCUGGAACCAGACGUCUGGACAGGAUUACUGCAAAUCUCUGGUGGCUGCCAACUUCUCAUCUCCUACCAUGAACGCGCAGGGCUUCCCCUGCCAGAACUCGAACACGCUACCUCGCAGCUCCCACCCCAUGAGCCCCCGCACCACCAUGCUGAGGAGGAGGCAGAAGAAGAAGGAGCACAAGAGCUCACUGUCGCUGGCCUCCAGCACGGUGGGUCCUGGUGGGCAGAUAGUCCACACGGAGACGACAGAGGUGGUGCUCAGGGGAGACCCUUUGAAUGGCUUCGGACUUCAGCUCCAGGGAGGCAUCUUUGCUACCGAAACUCUCUCUUCCCCGCCUCUCGUCCGUUUUAUUGAGCCCGACAGCCCGGCAGAGAGGUUAGAGACCUUGCCCUUGGAUGCUGAUGGUGCUGCUGCUGAACAUUUCAUGGUUUGGUGUGGGCUGCUGCAAGUAGGAGACAGAGUCCUUUCUAUCAACGGCAUUGCAACUGAGGACGGGACUAUGGAGGAAGCUAAUCAGCUUUUGCGUGAUGCUGCACUCACGAACAAAGUGGUGCUUGAGAUUGAAUUUGAUGUCGCAGAGUCUGUCAUACCCAGCAGCGGUACUUUCCACGUUAAAUUGCCCAAGAAAAGAGGUGUAGAGCUUGGAAUUACAAUCAGCUCUGCAAGCAGAAAGCCUGGGGAACCUUUGAUCAUCUCUGACAUCAAGAAGGGGAGCGUAGCACAUAGAACUGGCACCUUGGAGCCAGGAGACAAGCUGUUAGCCAUUGAUAACAUCCGACUCGACAAUUGCUCAAUGGAGGAUGCUGUGCAGAUUUUAAGGCAGUGUGAAGACCUGGUCAAAUUGAAGAUUAGGAAGGAUGAAGAUAACUCUGAUGAGCAGGAGACAACCGGUGCUAUUAUCUACACAGUGGAACUGAAGCGAUAUGGCGGUCCCUUGGGAAUAACCAUCUCCGGGACGGAGGAACCUUUCGAUCCUAUCGUCAUUUCAGGCUUGACUAAACGAGGGCUGGCAGAAAGAACUGGAGCCAUCCACAUCGGUGACCGGAUAUUAGCGAUUAAUAACGUGAGCCUCAAGGGCAAACCGCUGAGCGAAGCCAUUCACCUGCUGCAGAUGGCAGGAGAGACGGUCACUCUGAAGAUCAAGAAGCAGACGGAGAAAUCCUAUCCCAAGAAGUCGGGGAGUAUAAACGAAGUGAGUGACCCAGAAGAUGAACUGACUGACUCCCAGAAAACUAGCAAGCUGUCUGAGAUAUACUCCACCACAAUUCCUAGCGUGGACAGUGCUAUGGAAUCCUGGGAUGGCUCUGGCAUUGAUGCCGGGUAUGGAAGCCAAGGUACGUACAUACCUCAGGCUGCGGGCAUAGCCCUCCAUCCACAUGAAUGGAGACACAGCAGGCAAAAGAGUAGCACCCCUCCAGGGGACCCCAGGAAAAACUACCCCUACAUGGAUGGAAGCUUCAGUGAAGAUGACUGGGACAAGCCCAGCAGAUACCCCAACCGCCAAAAUGGCCUUGAGACCACUCACGAGGAUAGUUUUUGGCGUGUUUUUGGAGAAGCUUUGGAGGAUUUGGAAACAUGCGGCCAGUCUGAACUUUUGAGGGAGAUUGAGGCAUCCAUCAUGACAGGGAGCGUGCACAACCUGGGCCUAGAAGGCAGCAAGCUGCUCCUGGACUCUGUCAACCCAUCGGGACUGAGCCCGUUGAGGAAAGCUAACUCCAGCUGUGAUGACGGACAGACGGAGGGCAGCAGCUCCCCUGCCAAGAAGAACGAGAGGAACCUGGACAUGAAGAAGAUUGAGAAGGAGAUGCAGGAAAUCAUGUCCCCUACCCCCCUCGAGUUUCACAAGAUGACACUCCAUAAAGACCCAGAGAGCGAAGACUUUGGAUUCAGUGUGUCGGAUGGCCUGUUAGAAAAAGGUGUCUAUGUAAAUAUGGUCCGUCCGGAUGGGCCAGCAGAUCAGUGUGGCCUCAAGCCAUAUGACAGAGUGCUUCAGGUAAACCGCAUCCGAACGAGAGACUUUGACUGCUGUCUGGCUGUUCCCCUGAUUUCGGAGGCUGGAGAAAAGCUGGACCUGGUGAUUAGCCGAAACCCCUUGGCACUGGCCGCCAACGCUCCCCCGGAGGGGAACAGAGAGCUGCCGGCGCAGGUGGCCCGCGGCGCCGAGGUCAAGGCGAGCGUCCAGACGCUCUGA